AUGGCAAAGCGGGGGGUCUUUGUCGUGAUUGAGGGACUGGAUCGCUCAGGAAAAUCGACUCAAUCUCAGCGUCUGUUUGAGCAUUUACAGGAGAAGACGGGCAAAGCCAGGCUGCUCAAGUUUCCGGAUCGAACUACAGCGAUUGGAAAGAUGAUCGACGGCUACCUUCGCUCAGAAUCUGACCUUGACGACCGUGCCAUCCAUCUCCUCUUUGCCGCCAACCGCUGGGAAUGCGCAGCGUCGAUUGAACGCGACCUCCUCGCCGGUACAUCCAUCGUUUGUGACCGUUAUGCGUUUUCUGGAAUCGCGUUCAGCGCAGCAAAGGUCGCUGUUAGCAAAAAUAGUGAAGGAAACGAGGUCCGGGAGUCGAUAUUAACGUACGAAUGGUGCAAGUCUCCGGACACUGGGCUACCCGCACCGGAUAUGGUCAUCUUCCUCGACGUGACCCCCGAAGUCGCCCGCAGUCGAGGGGGUUAUGGAGAGGAACGAUAUGAAAAGGAGGAGACACAACUCCGUGUCAAGGAGCAGUUUCGAAAGAUUGAACAGGACGUUGUCAAGAAUUUCACCGGCAUCGAGUGGUGGAACUUGGAUGCUUCGAAGAGCCUUGACGAGAUUUCGGAGAGUAUCAGGAACCUCGUGGCACUUCCCUCAGAUGGAGUGCCUGCCAACAUCAACAAGAUGUGGAUGUAA